AUGCUGCUCAAUAAUAGGUUCGGCAGUCACGCGACGCGUAGAUUCGACAGUUGGCUCAACGGUACGUUUGUAAACAGGCUCGGUCGGGACUCCGUGCGCCGCUGCGUUGGGCACGAGUGCGAGCGAGGAGGGGCGGCGCCAGGCGCGUGGAUAAGAGAAGGUGAAGGCGCGCGAGUGACUGAGGCUCGAGGUAGGGUCGGGCCAGCAGCUGCAGCUGCAGCUGCCACUGCGACCCGCGCGGGCCGUGAACGCACGGCGAGGGGCGCGGGUACAGGGGCAGACGGGCUGGCCGAGCUGCGAGGGCGGGGCGGGGGGGAGGCGGAGGGACGCGCGAGAGGGGCCGCGCAUCAAGGGUGCACGGAGAGGGGCGAGAGGAGCGAAGGGGGCGAGAGGAGCAAAGGGGGUGAGAGGAGCGAAGGGUGCGAGCGGAGCGAAGGGGGCGAGAGGAGCGAAGGGGGCGAUAGGAGCGCAGGGGGCAGGGGCGAGGGGAUGGUGGCGCAAGGCCCGACAGGCGGUGCGUGCGAGGAGGAUGAGGCGAGCGCAGCGCGCGGAGGCCGCGAGCAGCGAGAGGAGGGGGCGGCGGGGCGGGAGGCGGGGGGCGAGCGGCGGGUGAUUGUGAUUUCGGGCCCCACAGCCGUGGGCAAGUCGCGCCUGGCGCUGGCCGUGGCGCAGGCGGUGCGAGGCGGCGAGGUGGUGAGUGCGGACUCGGUGGCGGUGUACCGCUCCCUCAACGUCGGCUCCGCCAAGCCCUCCCCUGCCCACCAGCGCCGCGUGCCGCACCACCUGCUGGACAUCCGCGAGCCGUGGCAAGGUGGGGCACGGUGGUGGGGCACGGUGGUGGGGCACGGUGGUUGGGCACGGUGGUGGGGCACGGUGGUUGGGCACGGUGAGUUCACGGCGGGCGACUUCUACGAGGCGGCGCGUGCGGCCGUGGAGGGCGUGGUGCAGCGGGGGGGCGUGCCCGUGGUGGUGGGCGGCACGGGGCUCUACCUCGCAUGGCUGCUGCACGGCCGCCCUGCCACGCCCCCCUCGUGCCCCGCGCUGGAGCACGCCGUGGCCGCCGAGAUCCACGCCGCUGUCAUGCGCGCCAGGCAGGCCAGGGGGAUGAGGGGGGAUGAGAGGAGCGUAGGGGCGGUUGGUGGGGCAGAAGAGGCAGCAGGUGGGGGUGAGGGGGAUGCAGCAGAGGGGGUGAUGGAGGGAAAGGAAUCAGCAGGCGAGGCAGUGAGGGGCGGCUUGGAGAUAGCGUUGAGUGCCGACGAGAGGAGCGAGGAGGGCAACGAUGGUGCGCGAGUGGGUGUGGGGGGAGGUGGCAUGGCUGUGGGGGGAGGCGGCAUGGUUGUGGGGGGAAUGGAGGAGGAGACGGGGCAGGGCGAAGCGGGGACAGGGGGAGAGGCGAGGGAGCGGGGGUGGGCGAGCAGGCAGCCGCGUGUGAGGUAUGCGGAGGAGGGCGACUGGGAGGCCGCCCUGGCUGCUCUUGCUGCUGCGGGCGACCCAAUCACAGCAGGCCAGCUGGCACGGAAUGACUGGUACCGGCUGACCAGGGCGUUUGAGAUUCUCAGGGCCACGGGUCGGCCUCGAUCAGAGAUCACCGUGCCUUCCCACCACGCCAAACACACCGCCCCGCCUGCUGCUGCCGCGUCGGCGCCGCCAUUCGCCUUCCACUGCUUCUUCCUGGACGCCCCUCGCCUGCCGCUGUACCGCCGAAUCGAUAGACGCUGCGAAGAGAUGGUGCAAGGCGGGCUGCUGGAGGAGAGCCUGGCGCUGCUGCGAGCAGGGCUUCGGCCCGACUCCUCCUCGCCCACACGCGCCAUCGGCUACCGCCAGGCCAUGUCCUUCCUGCUGCACUGCCAGCUCCUCAUGGAGACCAGAGAGCAAGAGAAGCAGGUGGAAGGGGAAGCGGGGAGCAGUGAGGAGCGAGGGCAGCAAGAGCAGCAGGUGGAGGUGCAGCGGGCGCUGCAGGAAGCGCUGCAGGCGGAGCUGCAGGAGGCGCUGGUGGCGUUCAUCUUGGAGUUCCAGCAGGCGUCGCGGCGCUACGCCAAGCGCCAGAUCACGUGGUUCCGCUCCCAACCGCUCUUCCGAUGGCUGCCCGCCCACUCCCCCCUCGAGGAGCUGGUGGGGAUGGUGCUGCGGGACUUUGAUGGGUCGACGCGUGGGGAGGGGCACCUGGGUGGGGAGGGGCAGGCGGGUGGGGAGCGGCAGGGGGGGAGGUUUGGGGCAGAGAGCGAAGGGGGGAAGGGUGGUGUUGGAGGAGGAGGGGGCAGCGGGGGGGCGUGGGAGAAGGCGGUGAGGCGAGAGCAGCGCAGGGAGAGGGCGGAGGAGGAGAGGGCGCUGAAGGGGUACCGGACACAGCUGGAGUACGACUCUCUCUCAACCCACCCUCGCAUGCUCUCUGCAUCUUCCACCCUCGCUCGUGCUCGUGCCUGCUCUCCACUGUCCUCACCUGCCCUCUUUCAUUUUUUCGCCUGCUCUCCUCUUUCCUUCCUUGCUCUCCUUUGUCUACCAGUGCAUGGAUGGUGCACCUACCAGUGCAUGGAUGGUGCACCACGCCGAGCCGGCAGUAGACAUGAGGAGAAGCCGCAGCACAGCCUGCUAUGA